CCGGGCGCAUGCGCGACAGAGUCGGCCCACCUAGACAGCUGAGACCAUCGGACGGUCUCCCUCAUCUCGAGGGUUCGGCGAGCUCCCUGCCCGCUCUCAGCCAAUCAGCGGAGCGGAACGGAACGCAGCGGAGAGAAUCUUCGGUUUCCUGUUCGGGGAAAACGAAAAGUGAACUUUGUGCUGAGAAGGAGAAACCAACAUUUCCUGAAAAUGGAAAAAGAAGCAUCUGUGGAGGCCUUAAAAUCUGCCCAGGAGACCAUCAUCAAAGAAGAGACCAUUACUCAAAGAAAAUGGGUGAAGCUGGAUCAAACCACUUACGUUGACCCAACCGGACAAACAAGAAUAUGGGAAUCGGUCAAACGCACCACCAGGAAUGAAGGAUUUUCAGCUGAUGGUGUGGCCGUCAUUCCGGUGCUGCAACGGACCCUCCACUACGACUGCAUGGUCCUGGUGAAGCAAUUCCGGCCUCCCCUGGGAGCCUAUUGCCUGGAAUUCCCCGCAGGCCUCAUUGACAGCAAUGAAUCUCCCGAGACAGCUGCCCUCCGCGAACUGGAAGAGGAGACAGGUUACAAAGGGGACAUCCUGGAAUGUUCUCCAGCUUUGUGCUUAGAUCCUGGGCUGACAAAUUGUGCGUCACACAUUGCGACCGUCACCAUCAACGGAGACCUCCCGGUCAACCUGAAGCCGAAACAAAAGCCCGAGGAAGGAGAGUUCGUGGAAGUCGUUACGCUACCAAAGAACGAUUUAAUGCAGAGAAUUGAAGAACUGGUGGCCGAGCAACAUCUGGUUGUGGAUGCUAAGCUCUACGCUUACGCCCUGGCCCUCAGGCACGCCACCGACCAGCCCUUCCAGGUGCCCUUCAUGAAGUUCUAGGUGAACACCCCGUUCUAGAACUCCCAAGACCGAAGAUUUCGCGCCGAGCCGUUUCCCCGCACAAGAAAAAAAUUUUUUUUAUUACUUUUAAUUCAACUUCACUGGAAUCGUCGGUGGGGAAAAAAAAUAAAAAUAACAUCUUCUUACCGUC